CCUCUCUCCCGCUCAACGCACCGUUAUUCUGUUUCAGCCGCCUCCCACCAUUCUUCUCUCCCUCUUUCUUUCUUUCUUCUCUAUGUCUGUCUUUCUUGACAGAGUUUGAAAGGAAAAGUAAGACUGAAGGAGCACAAGUAGCGUGAGCUUCUUCUUCGUCCUCAGGCGAGCUGCGCUGCAUCUUCUUCCUCUCAGGCAAACCAGCGAGCAGUUGGAGGGCAUUCCUUGUGGACCUCUAAGCCUAUUUCCAUGGCUUCCGUGGGGUCGUCGACGGUGCAGAAAGCUGUAAAUGCCCUCCUCAAAUGGCGAGACUCCAAGUUGCAGACCGAGAAACCCGAUCUCUUAGAAUCCGACGAGUUCGCCUAUCUCGUUCUCACCCUCAAGAAAAUCCCACCAAAGGCCCGCGUAAACGCCUACAAAGUCCCUCUCCCAAAUCCCCUCCAUUCCCAGCUUUCCGAGCUCUGCUUGAUAUACGACGAUGGGCCCAAGUCCAAUCUCACCAAGGACUUCAUCCAGAAGAAAAUCAAGGCCGAGAAUAUACCCAUCUCGAAAAUUUUGAAGCUUUCGAAGCUCAAGACUGCUUACGUGCCCUUUGAAGCCAAGAGGAAGCUCUUGCAUUCUUAUGAUAUGUUUUUGGUUGAUAGGCGGAUUGUGCCUUUGCUUCCGAAGUAUUUGGGGAAGCAAUUUUUUAAGAAGAAGAAGAUUCCGGUGCCUGUGGACUUGGAGCACAAGAAUUGGAAGGAGCAGGUUGACAGGGCAUGUGAGUCAGCCUUGUUGUUCUUGAGUACCGGGACGUGCAGCGUGGUGAGGGUAGCGAAGGUGUCCAUGAGCGUUGAUGAGAUUGUGGAGAAUGUGGUUGCGGCGAUUAAUGGGAUUGUAGAGAUUGUGCCUAAGAAGUGGAGGGAUGUGAGGUCAUUUCACUUGAAGUUUCUGGAGUCGCUUGCAUUGCCGGUUUACCAGGCCGUGCCGGAUUUGACAUUGAAAAUUGAGGGAGCUAAGAGUGAUGAGGACGGUAAGGAGGCAGUGAAAGAGGUUGUCAAGUCUGAGAGUAAGGGUUUGAAGAGUGAGAAAGUGAGUAAGAAGAAGGGUAGAAUUCAUGAAGUGAGGUAUAUGGAUAGCAAUGCUGGUGAGAUGCUUGACGAUGAUGAAUUGGUUGGUGAUGGGGAUAUUGGAGAAGGUAAGCAAAGUGAGAAUGAAGAACCGGGUAGUGGUGAAUUGGGGAAGAAGAAGAGGAAGAAGGAAAAGGUUGUUGGUGAGUCUAAGGGUGACAAAAGGUUGAAGAAGUCAGCUAAGGUGAAAGAUGAUGCUGAAUUGAAUGGGGAAAAGGUUCUCGGUGAGUUUAAUAAAAAGAAACAGUUGAAAAAGUCGACUAAGGUGAAAGAUGGAGACGAUGAUAUUCCUAUUGAGAAACGGUUCAAAAAGUUGGCUAAGAUGGUAGAUGAAGAUGAUGCGACUAUCAAGCAUAAGAAAGAUGGGGUGUCUUCGAAAGGGAAGAAAAAAGAUGUUACAAAGAAGAAAGCAGAUGAUUUGCCAGUCAAGGGCGAAGAGUCUGUUGGAAAGAAGGAGAAGAGGAAGAGUGAACAUGAGAAGUUGAAGAGCGGAGAAGCAAAGCUGAAGACGGCUAAGAGAAGUAAGAAAGCAACAGAGUAAUUCAGCAUAGUGGUCUACAGACGGUAAACAAUCUUUGCAGCGGGAUUCAAUACAUCCGACCAAGUCACUUGAUGAUGUGCUAUAGUUACAAAUCAACAGAUCAUCACAGCAUCUCGUUGGAAAGCUGUCUCCAAUCCUCUAGAGGUACCGUAGCAGUGAUGCAUGCUUUAUGGAAUUUGAAUGGUUCAAGUUUCAUACAGGAGUGAGCUCGCAAUGCUGCACAUCGCUGCUGGAGUACAUAAAGCGAUUAGUGGUGUGUGGAGUAGGAAAUGAAGCUAUUGGUUCGUUGAUCAAUGACCGAAUAUGCAAUAAUUUUAGUUACUUGUUAAUUGGCUACUAUUAGUUAUGCACACUUAUUACUACCUAAGGAUCCAAUGUCCUAUGUCCUCAUGUCUUCACCCUCAAAUACCUUGUGAA